CUUUGCCCUGAAGGGGAACCAACAAUACAGGAAGAGCAGCAGUGCAGAUUCCUGGCUGUCACAGCAGAGUUGAUGAAAAGAUCUGCUAACUUUUGGCGGAAUGGAGCAGACUAAUGGCAGCAGCAAUUACGGUUAUGGACCUCGCCCCCCUCCAUACAACACUCCAGACUAUGGGCCAAGUUCUUACACGGGGGUGACAUACAACGUGGGGAAGGGGAACAUUGCAGUGGUCUCCCCUCCUGGACCCUACGAUAACAUGGGCCAUCCUGAGGGACAGGCAGCAGCUGGAGGCACCCUGCAGUAUGGUCAAGCUCCUCCUGACUACUUUCACGGCUUAGAGGAUAGUGGCUUCAGUGACGCUGCCAUAAGAAGAGGUUUCAUAAGGAAAGUCUACUUGACCUUGAUGAUUCAGCUGCUGGUGACUGUCGGGAUCAUCUGUGCUUUUCUUUACUGGGAAGAUCUCGGGAGUUGGACAUGGGACAACCCCUGGUUCCCCUACACUAUGAUGGCGCUGGUGAUGGUGCUCAUCGUGGCCUUGUCCUGCUGUAGCAACCUCCGUCGUCAAGUCCCCCUCAAUUUCAUCGCCCUGGGCCUGUUUACUAUUGCAGAGGGCCUGAUGCUCGGAUCCGUGACAGUGUUCUAUGCGGCAGAGGCAGUUCUGUGGGCUGUGGGGGCAACGGCGCUGGUGUCCUUCGCCUUGACUCUGUUUGCUAUGCAGUCAAAGUGGGACUUCACUGGAGCAAAUGGGAGCCUGUGGGUGUUUGCCUGGACCCUCUUUUCGUUUGCAUUGCUUUGUGCAAUUCUCCGAUCGCAGUAUCUUAACAUCUUAUACGCCUGCCUGGGAACCCUGCUGUUUUCUUUAUACUUGGUGUUUGAUACCCAGCUUAUCCUGGGUGGGAAACACAGGAAGUAUGAAGUGUCUCCUGAGGAGUAUGUGUUUGCUGCCCUCAACCUCUAUUUGGACAUCGUCCUCCUGUUCCUCCUCCUGCUGAGGCUCAUCGGUCGCUGACACUGAACCACUGUGACAGGCCUCCUUAAAGGAACACUGAAGCUCUUCCCACACACAAUAUCAAAUCAUCAGGAGCAUCAUGCUGUCUAGGUUCACAUUGAAUGAAGAUUCACAACCCUCUGUUAGUCCUCCAGGCAUCUGCUGUCAUUUUAAAUAUGCAGGGAUACAGAUUUGUUUUACUGUCACACGCCAUGUUAUUAUGCACUGCAAUAUGCUGUGCAAAAUGUUUGGGGUUUUUUUUUUUCAUCAUUUCUACAUUUGAGAUUCUUAUGCGGCACUAGCAUGCAACCUAGAACGUCAAACUCAUGUGCUUAAUAUUUCUUUAUACAAUUACACUUGAGCUUUACUUUCUGUAUCAGGAGAUUAAAACUUUAAAAGGAAACACCACCUAUGUUAAAAAUACCAACAUGUUAUUUCCAUGGCCAAGGACAGUUUGAUCAAUAUUUGUAAACAUGAGCUACUCCCUCUCAAAGCCAGAAACCAGAGGUAAGUCCUAAACUUGUGAUGUCAUCAAGUAUGAAAUCUGGAGCUGCUCCAUAGACAAUAAAUGAGCGACUGAUUUUGUGGAGCCACAGAGCGUCUGUUUUCCUCUGUUUUUUUCUGUACACAAAUGAGCUUUAUUUUCUAUCGUAUUGUUCUCAGUUCUGAAACAGAAACUGUACCCAUAAAGACUGAACCAUCAUGAUAUUGUGCAAACUACAACGACUGUUGCCCAGUAGACAACUGUCACCUGGUUUCACUUGCAGAGAUAUGUGAAAUGGGCAAAUUUGUUUAUUUAGAUAUACACUCAUCGGCCACUUUAUCAGGUACACCUUCUAGUACCAGGUUGGACCCCCCUUUGCCUUCAGAACUGCCUUAAUUCUUGGUGGCAUAGAUUCAACAAGGUGCUGGAAACGUUCCUCAGAGAUUUUGGUCCAUAUUGACAUGACAGCAUCACACAGUUGCUGCAGAUUUGUUGGCUGCACAUCCAUGAUGCAAAUCCUCUGUUACACCACAUCCCAAAAGUGCUCUAUUGGAUUGACUGUGGAGGCCACUGGAGUACAGUGAACUCCUUGUCAUGCCAGAUUGAGAUGAUUUGAACUUUGUGUCAGGAUGUGUUAUCCUGCUGGAAGUAGCCAUCAGGAGAUGGUACACUGUGGUCAUAAAGGGAUGGACACAGUCAGCAACAAUACUCAAGUAAAUCAUCUUUCUUCACCAUUGUGAUGUUUGGUUUGAACUUAAGCAGGCUGUCUUGACCAUGUCUACAUGCCUUAAUGUUGAGUUAAGUUGAGCUGCUACCAUGUGAUUGGCUGAUUAGCUAUUUGCAUUAACAAGCUGUUGAAUAGGUGUACCUAAUAAAGUGGCUGGUGAGUGUAGUUAAACAUGGUGGUCGAAUCUAUCCAGCGUUUCUGCUCUGCUUAUUUUAUGUACUAUGUUGCUUUCCUAGCAUCUUUGAUGAACCAAAUCUACUGGCACAGAAGCUAUGCAAUGUUCUGCUGAGAGCUGGGGCUGCAGCAAAACGUAUUUUAGCCACAUAAGAAAUCAGUAUCAGUUUAAGUGCACGCCAUGUAUAGAAUACUGUCAUUGCUUUACCUUACACAUUAUCUGACGGAGGCAGCGGUAGACCAGAAACUCCAGUGUUCUGCAAAGUAAAAUAACAGCUUCAGUUCCCCAUCAGAAAGGGCCACCUGACAGAAAGGUAGAGCAGUGAAAAUCCUCUAAAUAUAGCAUACACUCAAAGUGAUACUGAUUAUUUUUUUUAAGGUGGGCCUUUAUUUAGGGGGCUAAAAACUACCAGUUGACGCAGCUCAGUGCCAUGAUUGUGAUUCAAUCUAUACCCUAUGACAUCACAAGUUUGAGUUUUAGCCCUAAACCUUGGGGAAAUGUAGCAUUUUUCAUGUUUACUAAUAUUUUCGGACUGUCUCAGACCAUAGGAAUAACCUAUCAAUUUUGAAAAUGGGGUAGUUCCCCUUUAAGGCAAACAUAAAAUCCCUGAACAGUUCAGGUAGUAAUUUACAGUAUGUUGAGUCAGAGUAGUUCAGCCAUCCUGUAAUCUGUGCCGCAAAUGUUUUAACAACUUAUGGAAUGUGUCCUGUAGUAAAGAUGUUUUUGGAAACCAAACUAACUCCAUUAAAGGACAGAAUCUGUCAGCUUUCCACUCCCAUAAAACCAGGUGGAUGCUGUGAUUUUUUUGUUUGCAAAACAUGUUUGUUUAGAAUGUAGUCAUCACCACAUCCCAAUUUAAAAAAAAAAAACAUACAAAUUAAAACUCAACACAUAUUU